UGCGUAGCAGGCGGUCGCAGCCCUCGUCCAGCGGCCCCUCGAGCUCCUCGCCCUCCAGCAGGCGCACGGCGGGCACCACGUGUGGCACGGCAACCUCUUUGGGGUCCGAGGGUCCUGCAGAGGUUUCAUAAGCAACAGCCGUUGCUGGUGAGAGGAGACGUCUGUGGAGCUGCCUGCAAAGCUGUGCCAGGAACUUCAGGGAUGCAGCUUUCCUGAGCCAUUGCCCAGGCUGGCCUGCGCUUCUGAGGUGCUAACGCUGUCUCAUCCCUGCCCCUCUAAGUAACUCCUCUCCCAUACUCCUUUCUUGUGCCUUAAGAACAUCCGAACCUUCCUGUCCACGUGCUGUGAGAAGUUUGGCCUCAAGCGCAGUGAACUCUUCGAAGCCUUUGACCUCUUUGAUGUGCAGGACUUCGGAAAAGUCAUCUACACCCUGUCUGCUCUGUCAUGGACGCCAAUUGCCCAGAGCAAAGGAAUCAUGCCCUUCCCCACCGACGACGAUGCUGUGGGCGACGAAGACAUCUACAGUGGUCUCUCAGACCAGAUCGACGACACAGCGGAGGAGGACGAGGAUCUGUACGACUGUGUGGAGAAUGAGGAGGCGGAGGGCGAUGAAAUCUACGAGGAUCUCAUGCGCUCGGAGUCGGUGCCCACGCCGCCCAAGAUGACGGAGUUUGACAAGCGCUGCUGCUGCCUGCGAGAGAUCCAGCAGACUGAGGAGAAGUACACGGACACUCUGGGCUCCAUCCAGCAGCAUUUCAUGAAGCCUCUGCAGCGGUUCCUCAAGCCUCAAGACAUGGAGACCAUCUUUGUCAACAUCGAGGAUCUGCUUUCUGUGCAUACCCACUUCCUGAAGGAGAUGAAGGAGGCCCUGGCUGGCCCAGGAGCAUCGACCCUGUACCAGGUCUUCAUCAAAUACAAGGAGAGGUUCCUGGUCUAUGGCCGUUAUUGCAGUCAGGUGGAGUCGGCCAGCAAGCACUUGGAUCAAGUGGCCACAGCGCGAGAGGAUGUGCAGAUGAAACUGGAGGAAUGUUCUCAAAGAGCCAACAAUGGCAGAUUCACCCUUCGGGACCUGCUGAUGGUGCCCAUGCAGCGUGUGCUCAAGUAUCACCUCCUUCUCCAGGAGCUGGUGAAACACACGCAGGACACCAUAGAGAAGGAGAACUUACGUUUGGCCCUGGAUGCCAUGAGGGACCUGGCACAGUGUGUGAACGAGGUCAAGAGGGAUAACGAGACAUUGCGGCAGAUCACCAACUUCCAGUUGUCCAUUGAGAACCUGGACCAGUCCCUAGCCAACUAUGGCAGGCCCAAGAUUGAUGGGGAGCUAAAGAUUGCCUCGGUGGAAAGGCGCUCCAAGACCGACAGAUAUGCCUUCCUGCUGGACAAAGCCUUGCUCAUCUGCAAGCGCCGGGGAGACUCCUACGACCUCAAGGCGUCUGUAAACCUGCACAGCUUCCAAGUUCGGGAUGACUCCUCUGGGGAGCGGGACAACAAGAAGUGGAGUCACAUGUUCCUCCUGAUCGAAGAUCAAGGUGUCCAGGGAUAUGAGCUGUUCUUCAAGACUCGGGAACUGAAGAAGAAGUGGAUGGAACAGUUUGAGAUGGCCAUCUCCAACAUCUACCCAGAGAAUGCCACAGCCAAUGGACACGACUUUCAGAUGUUCUCUUUUGAGGAGACCACUUCCUGCAAAGCCUGUCAGAUGCUACUCAGAGGCACGUUCUAUCAGGGCUAUCGCUGUCACAGGUGCCGGGCACCUGCACAUAAGGAGUGUCUGGGGAGGGUCCCUCCAUGUGGCCGCCACGGGCAAGAUUUUGCAGGAACUAUGAAGAAGGACAAGGCACAUCGAAGGGCCCAAGACAAGAAAAGAAAUGAGUUGGGUCUGCCUAAGAUGGAAGUGUUUCAGGAAUACUAUGGGCUCCCUCCACCUCCUGGAGCCUUUGGACCUUUUUUGCGGCUCAACCCUGGGGACAUUGUAGAACUCACCAAGGCAGAGGCUGAACAGAACUGGUGGGAGGGAAGAAAUACCUCUACUAAUGAAAUCGGCUGGUUCCCCUGCAACAGAGUGCAUCCCUACGUGCACGGCCCUCCUCAGGACCUGUCUGUGCAUCUCUGGUAUGCGGGACCCAUGGAGCGUGCGGGCGCCGAGAGCAUCCUUGCCAACCGUUCAGAUGGGACCUAUUUGGUGCGACAGAGGGUGAAGGACACUGCGGAAUUCGCCAUCAGCAUCAAGUAUAACGUCGAGGUCAAGCAUAUUAAAAUUAUGACGUCAGAAGGGCUGUAUCGGAUCACAGACAAGAAGGCUUUCCGGGGGCUUCCGGAACUGGUGGAGUUUUAUCAGCACAAUUCCCUCAAAGACUGCUUCAAAUCGCUGGAUACCACCUUGCAGUUCUCCUACAAAGAACCUGAGAGGAGAACCAUCAGCAAGCCGCCGGCUGGAAGCACCAAGUAUUUCGGUACUGCCAAAGCCCGCUAUGACUUCUGUGCCCGGGACCGAUCAGAACUUUCUCUGAAGGAGGGUGACAUCAUCAAGAUUCUCAACAAAAAGGGGCAGCAAGGCUGGUGGCGAGGGGAGAUCUAUGGCCGGAUCGGCUGGUUCCCUGCCAACUAUGUGGAAGAAGACUAUUCUGAAUACUGCUGAGUCUGGUGCCCUGCAGGGUAGACAUAUGGGCAGAUGCAGGCUCUGAGCCCAGGAUAUCAGACAGCAGGGCCCAGUGGCCAGGAGAGGUCUUGGCGAGCAGAGUGUCUGGAUGGACUGUGGAUGGCCACUGGCCAGCUGGCAGGGUUCCUGGGACAAUGCCUUGCAAGGGUUAAUUUAUAACACACUGAUUGCCUCUUGGGGCCCCCCAAGAGAGGCAGGACUUGAUGCAACUGCUUCUAAUAAAAUGUUGACAGUAAGCACUGGUGUGCUUAGGGAGAUCUGGGAGGGGAGAAAUGGGGACCGUGCAUGGUGCAUAGACCAGAAUCCCCAAAUGCUUUGCCUCCUGGUUGAUCAUCCUCUGCCAUUUACAGAAUUCUUACCUAGUAGGAAAGAAAGCUGUGCACAGGGUCUGGAUUAGAGACUCUUUCCUUCCCUCAUUUCUUUCCUUUCCUUUGUGCUGAGGAUGGAUCAUACAGCAUCCAGCAUAAUAGGCAGGGGCGACACCAGCCCCUCACUGGGGGAUUCUAGGCUGUCACUCUACCCUGAGCCACACCCCACCCCUCUUUUUACUUUAGUUUUUUAUUUUGAGUCAGGGUCUUGUUCUGUAGCCCAGGCUGGGCUUGGUCUUGUCGUUGUCCUGCUUUCUGAGCAGCUGAAAUGACAUGCCUCUGCCAGCAUUCUUUUUUUUGGUCUUUUUGAGACAGGGUCUCCCUGUAACCCAGC